AGAGGCAGUGUCAAUUACUAACAAAUAAAAAAAGGAAAAAAAGAAAAAAAGCAAUGGGAUACGCAUCACUUGAGCCUCACCUCCCUUCAUCGCAUGCGCUGCUACCACCAGGAACUUAUCUCUCCAUUUCAGAUACACAGGCAUCAGAUGGAAAUUUCUUGUUACACCAUUUCAUUUCCAACUACAUUAAGGCUGAUCACAAUGUUGUCCUCGUGGGAUUGGCUGGGAUUCUAGUUCAUUAUACGAUGGUCGGACGUAAACUGGGUGUGAAUCUGACAACAGCAAAGACAAAAGGCACCUUUUAUUUUGUGGAUGGACUGACACAACUCACGGACUACGCCGCACCAAACAAGGAUUUUCUGAUCAAGCCCACGGAGGCCAAACAAUCUGGAGAGCAACGACCAACGACAUCACCAUCUCAGUCAGCAACAACACCAUCUUCAAGUACUUCAAGACCAACACAGAGAACAGCAACUCCAGUAGCUACAGCACCUACAGCACUUCCGGUGGUCUUGAGCUAUAGCCCAAAGCUCUUAGAUUUCUAUAAAGUGCUUGAGGAUCUCAUCAAGAAUACGGUUUCAAAAAACAAUGUCAAGGAGAAACAGUUAUGCUUGAUUCUGGACGAUCUUUCAGUGUUGUUAAACUGUGGAUGGCCUUGUCGAGAUGUCAUGGGACUCGUACGCUAUCUCAAGUUGCUUGUCGCUAAGUUUAACGGAAGCUUGAUCACCCUCGUACACGCAGAUGCAGUACUGGCAGAGGAAGUUCCACAAGAUGGUCUUGUAAAAGGAGUGUUUUAUGAGGCUGACUAUAUCAUCGAUGUACGCGAUCUUGACAGUGGUGGCUCAAGAGAUGUUCAUGGCCAGCUUUCAAUGCUACAUGGUCCACGCUAUCUACUUCGACAACGUGCAGGCCAUGUCAAAGAAAAUGACUGGCCUGCACUAACGUUGCACUACAAGAUCUUGGAUAAUAACGUUGAAGUGUUUGCUAAAGGCUAUUCAUCAGGAGUUUUAUAAAAUCUUGAAUUCAA